CUCACAGGGGCAGCUGAUGCCGCUGAGCCCUCAGCUUGAGGCUGCGCUGCACGAACUUGAGGGCCCUAUUUUGUCGCAUGCAUGCAGCUGCCCGUGGGUGAGGUGGCCGUCAACCCGGCUGCUGAGGUGGCCUGGUACUUCCCGGAGACGCGUGAGCAGUACCGCGUCUCGGGCAACCUCACUAUUGUGGACGCCGCAUCCACAGACAGUGCCAUGCAGGCGGCGCGCAAGCGGGUAUGGCACAACAUGUCAGACCCGGGGCGCCAGCAGUUUGCCUGGCCGCACCCCGGCCUGCCCCGCCACCUGGAAGACCCCACGGCCUGGGACUGCCCCGCGCCGGGACCCAAGGACCCGGUGCUGGACACGUUCUGCCUGGUGGUGCUUCACGUGGACGAGGUGGAGCAGCUCAAGCUCAAAAGCAACGAGCGAUUCCUGUACCGGCGGCAGGAGGCAGCGGCCGUGCCGGCAGACGAAGGUGCAGCAGCGGUGACAUGGGUGGAAGAGCCGAUCAACCCCUGAGAAAGUGACCGUGCGGUGUGUGCCGUUGUGUAUUGGGGGACAGCCAGAGAGUGAUAUGCAACUUGUCUGGGCGCCGGAAUCACAUGCAUCUCUUCCUCUGGUGUGCAUGUUUCUGGCGACGGGUUGGUGGAUGCCGGUGGAUUUCGUUAGUUUCCUGCCCCCAAACAACCGCGGGCCAGACCCAGGGAGAACGUUGUCGGGGGGGGGGGUGCUUUUGGGCUGGUACCGUAGAUGGACAGGAGCGCGGUAUGGGUCACAGAAAAGGGCGUGUGUCCUUGUGAAUGUGGCAACAGCCGUGGAUUGGCUGUGUCUGCGGACCGAGCGCUGUGAGAGGCGCGAGCAGGGCAGCGCGAGGAACAUUGUUUCCCAGCAUCAACAGUUUAGUUAGUUUGGGUGGUUGCUGAGCGAUGGGGGCUGUCCUAGGAGCAGCUGCGGAGAAGGGGAUUCCACCCCGAGUGUCUUCGUCUCUGAUGGCACCGGCGGGGGCGUGGACGGAGUCGCAGCUACCGCACAUCAUCUCAGGUUGUAAUCAUGAUGUCGA